CAGGACACUUCAGAUGCAAGAUCCAAGUACAGGAAACCACAGUUCUCUCUGCUCUAUUUAUCAGCCUUCCUCAAGCACCAAUUUCAUUGCGAUCUCCAGGCUACAGAAGUCUUUCAUGGAGCUGGCUGACUAAGUGGAUACUGCACCACAGACCAGCUUGCCACCUCCCAUAUGAAAAAUGGAAAAUAGGAGCAUUAGCGGAGAUUUCCUAAGCAAGGAUUCCAACAUCUCAACCUGGGAGACUACCAUCACAGCACUAAAUGGAAGCACCUACAAUGUUUCUUCACAUUGUGAAAUCAUAGUCCAAUCUAUAUUUUAUCUUUUCAUCAUCUUUGCCCUGGUUGGGAUAGCAGGAAAUGCCAUAGUGAUGUGGAUUCUGGGCUUCCAAUUGUGCAGGAAUGCCUUCUCUGUGUACAUUCUUAACCUGGCUAUGGCUGACUUUCUGUUCCUGAGUUUUUUUUUCAUUUCCACCUUCCCCUUCAUUUCCAUCUAUGUCUACUCAUUUCUUUUUGUUGUGAAAAAACUUGCUUAUGUUUCUGGCCUCAGCAUUCUUAGUGCCAUUAGUGUUGAGCGCUGCCUGUCUGUUUUGUGGCCCAUCUGGUAUCGCUGCCAACGCCCAAGGUACACAUCAGCUGUCACAUGUGCCUUGCUUUGGGCUCUGUCCCUGCUCUUGAGUCUCCUGCAUGGGGCAGCGUGUGGCUUUCUGUUUAAUAAUCUUGACUCUUUUCAGUGUCAGACAUUAAAUUACUUCACAGCUUCCUGGUUAAUUGUUUUAUUUGUGGUACUCUGUGUGUCCAGCCUCACCCUGCUGGUGAGGAUCUUCUGUGGCUCACAGCGGAUCCCUGUGACCAGGCUGUGUGUGAUCAUUGUACUCACAGUGCUGUUCUCCCUGAUCUUUGGUUUCCCCUUGGGCAUCUACUAUCACCUAGUCAAAUGGUUUGGAGAUUUGGAUUAUGCUAAAAUUUGCAAUCUUGAUAAUAAUAUUGUGUCACUCCUAUCCUGUGUUAACAGCUGUGCCAACCCCAUCAUUUACUUCCUCAUUGGCUCCAUCAGGCACCGCAGGUUCCAGCCGAAGUCUCUGAAGCUGUUACUUCAGAGAGCCUUGCAGGACACUCCUGAGAAUGAAGGUGGAGAGAGGGCCUGUCCAAGAAAGACUGAGGAACGUGAACCACUGUAGUGCAGAGAUGCUCUGAUGAGACAGAAGCAGUUUUGAGAGAAAGAUUUUUUCUCAUAUGUGCGAAUUAUUUUCACAACCUUGUUCAGUUUGUCACCUGAAUUCAAUCAAUUUUUAAAAAGAACAACCUUUUGUGUGGAAGUAGAGUGACCGAAAACUUUAUGGAAGCGCUGACUGCAUCAUAUCUGAAGUUGUCUUACACAGGGGGUCAUCAAGUCCAUUUCAAGGGACUCCCUAUAUGUGCUCUGGGUACAUGGAUUGCUCCCACUGAUGAGAAAUCUUUCCUUCAUCAUAAGGCAUAAAAAAAUGCAGAAAUGGAUUACAUUUCUUAUGCACUGAAAUUUA